GGGGUGAAGGAAAUCCCCGGAGUGCGCAUGUCGAACCUGGUGUAACAAUCCCCGGGAGACAGGGCGGUGAUUCCCCGGGCCGUGAGAGAGAGGUUCGCUGCUGCCCGCUCCCCAGCUCUCGGGAAACCCUCCCGUACAGAGAGGGUUCCCAUUCUGUCCUGGCCCACAACCUCGCUCCAGGGCUGAGCGACGCCUGCUGCCACUGGAGUUCCGCCGCCACUGUCGCUUUCUCUCGGCUCCUGCUUUCCUUCUCCACCCAUGGAUAACAAGCCCCUCUUGCAGGAGAGGCCACCCGCGUACGCUGCGGUGCCGGAGAGGGGCUACGACUACGGCCAGACCUAUGGGACCAUCCCACCGCCUGGAUACCAGCCCCCUCCAUACUCUUACCCGGCUUCAGGUUAUGUACCUCCAGCCCCUGCAGGUAUCCAGCCCCCUGUGUGCCCAGGAUCAAACUAUUCAAACACUUACACCAUUAUUCAGCAGCCAGCUGCAGCUUCAGUUGUAGUGGUGGGUGGCUGUCCAGCUUGCAGGGUUGGUGUUCUGGAAGAUGACUUCACUUGCUUGGGUGUGCUGUGUGCAAUAUUAUUCUUUCCAAUUGGGAUCCUAUUUUGUUUGGCACUGCGACAACGGAGAUGCCCAAACUGUGGAGCCAGCUUCGGUUAACUGGAUCAGUGUGACCAGCCUAUCUGUGGCCAAAUUGAAAUUUUUUACUGUAAAUUCUCUGCCAUUGUGUAUAAACUACAGAUGACUUGCCUUCAUUCUGUGAUUUAGUUUGAUAGAAAUUGAGAUUUGAUCUUUAAAAACAAAAGCAUGACAAUUGAAUGCCUGCAAGUGACUAAUUUCUCCAUUAUGAAUAGUUCAAACGUACAGGCAAAAAUUGAUUCUUCAUUUUACUGUUUCCUUAAAUUGCCCUUGAAAAUCUACAAUUAAAUCUGCAUUCUUGUAUUACUAUUUUUAACUAGCUACUUUUGUCUGGUUGUUAAACAGAAGUGUCUAUGAUGGAUCAGGAAUGCCUUUGGCAACUUGGAUAAGAUGUGAAUUGCGAGCCAGAGUUUAAAUGUCAUUUUGUUUGCGCACACUUUUCAACAGGUGGGAAAGUCUUGUAUGGAUGGGAGCUGUUUCUUCCAUUGUGGAAGAACUAUCCAGUUAGUCCCAUUAUCCCUUGUUUUUCCAGCAGUCUUGCUUGAUUCUUUAGUUUGAGGGUUUAUACAAUUCCCUAUUUUAAAUUUGCAAUUAAUUUUCCACCCUUUUCAGUCAGUUCAUUCUAGAGCAUAACUCACUUUAUUAAAUUCCCAGCGCGCUCUCUAUUUUUGCUAAUUAACUUGAAUCAAAGUUCUGUUUAUAGAUCCUCCUGCCACGGAAUAGUUUCUUGAGGAUUUGAUUUGCGAUGUUAAAAAAAAAACAUGUUCGAUGAGCCUGUUGACCUUUCCAAACCUACAGUCUCUGUCAUUCAAAUGGGACAAUCUAAACCUGAAUAAAUUUAUUUUCCAUA